AAACAGCACUCGGUGCAUUGGAGGAAGAAUAUCGUCUUUUUUAUAAAAGUACUGCGUCAUCAGGAAACAGGAAAGAGUUAUUUAUAAAGAGCUACGACAGCAACUAUAUAAGUUGCAGGCACAAAAUUGUACCAGGCAAUAGUUAACCCAGGAGGUACAUUUAAUGAGAAUCUUGGACAGGCCGUUUAAAUGAGGUACACAAAAAAUGAUCGCAAGAAGACAGAAGAUUUUCUUCUUGGGAUUAUGGAUAUAAUUUUCCAAGCGAUUCGACUUGAAGCUGCUUAUUACGAAAUGAAUGCUUUUACAACCAUAAAAGAAGAAAGGAAGAAAGAAUGGGAAACACGAGUACAAAAAGUAAGAGAAAAACUAGAAGAGAUUGACGUCGCUGUUAUGAAUAAGUACCAUGCCCAGUCUAAAGAGGAAAUAUUAGAUUAUGCCAGGGAUAAUUCCGAAAUGAGUAAUGAAAAAUUCAGCAGAGGGUUGUUCAGUUCACUUGAGAAAAAGUAUUAUUGGCGGGUGUGGUUUGUUUUAACUUACAAUCCGAUUACUGGUUCAGAUAAGCAUACAGUGAACGUAUGUGGCGGACAUGUAUUGGAGAGGUUAAGCUAACGAUGUUUUUCACAACGUAACC